AUUCACAUUCUCAUCGCGGCAACGAGACGGAGAGUGUGAUCGGGUUACGCGAGAGGACACGCAAAUUUCACUUUCCAACUUUCUCUUAAGCCAUUCCUGUUUAAACCAACCUUGUAUAAUGUGUUUGUUGAGUGCCAGAAUUUAAUUAUCACAUACAAUGACUGAAACAGCAAGUUCUACUGUUAAUGGUAGUUCUAACAAUAUGGAUUUUGAACAUAGUAACCAGGAUCUCAUAAUUUUCAAUAAAAGAACGAAAAGAAGAAAAUAUCUCAUAUCUGGAUUUAUAGUAGUAUUGAUAAUUAUUUUGGCGGUUAUCGCCGUUAUUUUAUUUUCAAAGGAUGAUAUUAAAACUAACAAACUUAAUAGCGUCGCAGCUGCGCUUACUUUGGAAGACUAUCUUAAUGGAAAGUUUCAACCUAGACCAUUUAAUGCAACAUGGACAUCAAAUGAUCAACUAAUAUAUAGUGAUAACGGCAACGUAGUCCUCCUGGAUUUAAAAACCAACACUUCUACGUUGUUGCUCAACUCUACAGAUAGUAUUCUUCUAACUGCUUUUGACUUCAGACUAUCUGCAGAUGGUCUUUAUUUAUUGGUGGCUCUAAACUAUCAAAAGUUAUUUCGACAUAGCUUUAUCGCCAAUUACGUCAUUAUUGAGUUGAGUACAGGAACAAAAAUUGAAGCAAUUAAAGAUAAUUUACCUGCACAAUUAGUUCUUUGGUCGCCAAUGGGAAACGGUUUUGUUUACGUUAAAGAAAAUAACAUUUAUUAUAAAGAAUCAGCUAAGGAUAGUAAAACUGUGCAAAUUACUUCGACAGCUGGAUACAUUUCUAACGGAGUCCCGGAUUGGGUUUACGAAGAGGAAGUGCUAAGUUCCAACUCAGCAAUAUGGUUUUCAAAAGAUGGCAAAAAAAUUGCGUAUGGUAGAUAUAACGAUACGGAAGUUCCUCUUAUGGUAAUACCAAUAUAUGGUGAACCUGGAAAGCUAAUGUUUCAAUAUCCCAGAGCAAAUGUUAUUAAAUACCCAAAGAGUGGCACACAUAAUCCAGUUGUUAGCCUGUAUUUCGUUAAUUUAGUAGAUACAACCAUUACAUACGAGCUCACUACACCUGAUAAUUUUAGCAACGAGAACAUCUUGUCUGCGGUAGAAUGGGCCAACGAUGACGUUGUAACGGCCAUUUGGAUGAACAGAGUGCAAAACGAAGCAGUUAUUGUCGCAUAUAACACUACAAUAACUUCACCCACCACAACUACGAUAACGCAAUUGAAGUCACAGCACGGUUGGUUGGAACUAUUUACGCCACCUAUAUUUUCUAAAAAUGGAGAAAGUUUUGUAAUAGUUCUUUCUCAAGAUCAGGGUAAAAACUCUGGAGGUUACAGGCAUAUUUUUUUAUACCCUAUAACAGAAAAUGCAGAACCACAAGUGCUGACUUCAGGAAAAUUUGUUGUUACAAGCAUUGUAGGAUGGAAUUAUGAGAAAGACUUGAUAUAUUACCUCGCAAAUACCGAAGAAGAUUCCACAGUCCAACAUCUGUAUACGGUUUCUCCUGUUACAAAAUACGUCACAUGUUUAUCCUGUGAACUAAAAUCACGGACAUAAUUCUUCUCUACCGUGUUCUUAUAAUACGGCUGAUUUUAGCACAAAUGGAUCUUAUUAUGUAUUAACCUGCGCUGGUCCCGGAUGUUUCCACAAACAAUAAUUUUUGAUAAAAAUGACAAACAAACACUUCUAAGGAGUGAAAACAAACAAACUCCGCUGCAUAUUUACACAAAAAACAACAUCCAGUAAUAAAGAAAAUGUCUUUCGAUGUAGCUGGAGGAUUUAAAGCCAACGUUAUGUUGCGGACUUCCUCCUAAUAUGGACACCAGUGGACAAGUGAAAUAUCCAAUGUUGGUUAAUGUAUAUGGGGGACCAGAUACCUACCAAGUUGUGGAUAAAUUCGUCUUAGAUUGGGGUAGUUACUUGGCUGCAAAUAAAAGCGUGAUCUAUGCAGCUAUAGAUGCGCGAGGCUCUGGUUUACGUGGCGAUAAUCUGUUAUUUGCGGGAUAUAGAAACUUGGGAACUGUUGAAGUUAUUGACCAAAUCAAUGUUACAAAACUGUUACAAAAAACAUUACCUUACAUUGAUUCCUCAAGAACCGCCAUUUGGGGCUGGAGUUAUGGAGGAUAUGCUUCAGGUAUGGCUCUGGCAAAGGAUACAGAAGGUAUUUUUAAAUGCGCGAUAUCAGUGGCUCCUGUAACUGAUUGGACUCUUUAUGAUUCAAUUUACACUGAAAGAUACAUGGGCCUGCCGACACCCUCCGAUAAUCUCGAAGGCUACCAAAAGGCACAAUUGCUUCGUAACUACGAAGGCAUAAGAAACAAGAAGUAUUUUCUGAUACAUGGAACUCACGACGAUAACGUUCAUUAUCAACAAUCAAUGUUAUGGUCAAAAAUACUUGAAUUUAAUGAUGUUUUAUUUAGGCAACAAAGUUAUCCUGAUGAAGACCACAGCCUAGGAUCCGUCCGUCCACAUCUCUAUCAUACUUUAGAAAGUUUUUUGGACGAUUGUUUUAUCAAAACUGACAGUUAAGGUCAAUGCAAAUAUUUCCAUCCAAGGCUGCAAUUAAAACGAUUUUAUUGAAUAACCUUUUUUGUAUAAACUUCUGAAACAAUUAGACUAACCUUCGAAGACCAUUAAAAUUUUCAGCAUAUGCUAAAAAAUUUAUAAAAUUUAUACACAUGUUUAGACCGAGUGAGUCUUUAGUAUGUCAUCAAAAUAAUUUUGAAUAUAUGCGACGCAUUACUGCCAUCCAUGUACACUACGGCCUUGGAAAUACUUUAUAAUUAAUAAUGUUUUAAACUUUUGUAAAAUAUAUUUAUUUUUAAAUAGU